AUGAUUACAUUAGUGAUAUUAGUAGUGGCACUGCUCGCGCUCUACCUGUACGGCACCAGAACCUUCAAGUACUGGGAGAAAAGAGGAAUCAAACACGAUAAACCGGUGCUGUUUUUUGGAAACAAUUCGGAAUGUUAUCUUUUCCGAAAGAGUAUGACGCAGGUUGGCGUCGAUACUUACUGGAAGUAUCCAAAUGAGAGGGUCGUAGGAUUCUUUCGUUCCACGCGACCAGAACUGUUGAUUCGAGAUCCCGCCAUCAUUAAACGUAUACUAUUGACAGACUUUGCGCACUUCUAUCCGCGCGGCCUAAACCCUCACAAGACUGUGAUCGAGCCAUUGUUACGUAACUUAUUUUUCGCUGACGGCGACCUGUGGCGUCUACUGCGUCAACGAAUGACCCCAGCGUUCACGAGCGGCAAGCUGAAGGCGAUGUUCCCACUGAUCGUGGAGCGCGCCGAGCGUCUGCAGCUACGUGCUCUCAACGCCGCCGCCGCCGGACGAGCGAUCGACGCGCGCGACUUAAUGGCGCGCUACACUACCGACUUCAUCGGAGCUUGCGGGUUUGGCCUCGACGCAGAUUCUCUUAAUGAUGAGGAUUCAGCCUUUAGAAAACUCGGACUCACUAUAUUUAACAUCGGCUUCAAAGAUGCCGUAAUAGCAGUUUUAAAAGAAAUUUUCCCCAAUUUAUUAAAACAUUUAAGGUAUUUAAGUAGAGCUGAAAAACCGAUGUUUGAUCUCGUAUCAGCCAUUUUAAAACAAAGAAAUUAUGAGCCUUCGAAAAGAAAUGAUUUUAUUGACUUAAUGUUGGAAUGCCAGAAAAGAGGCAAAAUGGUUGCAACAUCAUUAGAGAAGGUGAAAUCAGACGGUACGCCCGAGAUUGCGUCCAUGGAGCUGACAGAUGAACUGGUGGCCGCGCAGGUAUUUGUGUUCUUUGCGGCAGGGUUUGAGACGUCUUCAUCUGCCACCAGCUUCACGCUCCACCAACUCGCCUACCACCAAGAAGUGCAGCAGAAAGUGCAGCACGAAAUUGACCAAGUGCUCUCCCGAUACAACAAUAAGCUGAGUUACGACGCCAUCAGGGAGAUGACGUACUUGGAGUGUGCGUUCAAAGAGGGUAUGAGAAUGUUUCCGUCGCUGGGGUUUUUGGUCAGGGAGUGCGCGUGCACCUACACCAUUCCUGAGUUGGAUGUGACAAUUGAUAAAGGUGUGGGCAUCAUCAUACCGCUACAGGCUCUGCACAACGACCCCAAAUACUUUGACGAGCCACAUGAGUUUCGGCCGGAGAGGUUCGGGGCGGGUGCUACUGACCACAGGAACAAAUAUGUGUACUUACCGUUCGGCGAUGGACCUCGAGCCUGCAUAGGUGAACGGUUAGGCAUGAUGCAGUCCCUGGCAGGGCUGGCGGCGGUCCUCUCGCGCUUCUCGGUGGCUCCAGCGGAGACCACUGUACGUCACCCUGUCAUCGAACCCAAGUCGGACAUAGUACAAGGCAUCAAAGGUGGACUACCGCUUUUGUUUAUCGAAAGAUAUUCUGCUUGUUUGUAA